CCACCCUCAUUUCAGCCAAUCACAAUCGAGAAAUCUGGCGGCACCAUGCCGAAGGGUAGUUUCGUGAUUUAAAUCCUAAAAGGAACUCUAUUACCGCGGCGUAACGUUGCAUUUUACAUGGCAUGAAGUAUUAAUAAAAUCCGCAUUCAUAUUUUGGAUUACCAUGAAAACUGUAUGUAUUUUGAUUUAGUGUAUUUCCGUUCUCAGACUAGUCCAGAGCUUGCAAUAGCAGAUAAGUGAGAACAAGAACAGAGUGAAGUGAUUACAAGUGAAGUGACAAGUGCAGCAGUGAAGUUUUUCUUGGAAGUGUAAAGCUCAGGUCUCAAAAUUCAUUUCCCGCUGAUGUCCUACGGCAGUGAGACGCCGCAUAUCUGGAGUAGCUCAUCUGGCGGUGAGGUGUCUCCGUACGGUCCUUUGUGGGACGGGCCGCCGGCGCCGGUGCCUUACCCGGACAUCCUGGCCUUCCCACCCGCCGACCUGGUGUGGUCGGCGGGAUGCGGGCGCUCAUCAGCUCGGUCGACGCCGGGCGGCAAAAAGCCGCGACGCCGCGUCGCGUCCGUCGCACAGCGUCGCGCCGCCAACAUCCGCGAGCGACGACGAAUGUUCAACCUCAAUGAAGCCUUCGACAAGUUACGACGAAAGGUGCCGACGUUCGCAUACGAAAAGCGCCUGUCUCGCAUCGAGACGUUGCGCCUCGCCAUCACAUACAUCAGUUUCAUGUGCGAGCUGCUCCACGGCUCGCCGCAGCCGCACCACCCAGCGCACCCCUCGUUGCACCCCCCGCGACACGUCUUCGACGCGGAGGUGCCCUGGUGUGCUUAAUGAAAGAAUAUACAUAGCUAGCGGACUUCUUAAAACCCUACCCCUACCCUAAGUCCUGUGUCCGUCUCCUGGUACUAAGCUACCUCUCCACCAAUUUUCAGCCAAAUCGGUUAAGCCGUUCUUGAGUUAUAAACAGUGUAACUAACACGACUUCCUUUUAUAUAUAAAGGAAGAUAGAAGAUAGAUAUACCUAUAAAUAAGUCUUGUUACUAAGGCAACAGUAAAGCCUGAUCGUGUCUCUGCGCAGAUGACAUUUUCAAAAAUCCUUAUAAACGACGUAAUCUUGACAUUUUCAAAAAUCCACGACGAAAUCUUUAAUUAUCCCAAGAAAAUUCUUAUUCAUACCUAUUCAAACAAGGGUUCCCCGUUGACUACGGAACGCUUAAAAAGAAAAAUAACGAAUUGACUGUUAAGUUCAAUAUAAUUAUUUAAAGCUUUAACUCGAUCUAUUGAUUGUAUACAGGAAGAAAAUUUUUUUAGUGCGGAUAUUUUUAUAUUUUGUACAUAAACAAAAUUUAAUGAUCACGUAUUUUUUCUUUUUUUUUUUAACUCAAAAAAAACAAAAUUAUCGUUAGCUAAAGUUAUUUACUUUUGAACAGAAUUUUAGGGUCACCCUAUUGUGCGUUUAUUUUAUUUUCGUUUGAUACCUAAAGGACGUCACCAGAUCACUUUUAAGCUGAAUAUCUUGUUUAGUAAUAAUAUGUACAUUAUUUUGUUAUUUUAGAGACAUAAAUUAAAAAAAAAAAUACAUAAAAUGUAUCGAAAUGUUUGUAGAUUUAUAUUCUAUAAAUGAUACAGAACCACGAAAAAAAAUAUCCGCACUAAAGACCGAAUCACCCUGUAUUACUGAACACAAGGCUUCUCUCAGUAUGAGAAAGUUUAUUCCACAGUAGUAUGAAGAUAGACGCUGUCUUAACUCAUGUAGCCUGUAGGGGCAGUGGCAGAUUUUUGAACUUAUUUCUAGUCGAAAGUAUUGCCCAAAAACAAGUUAUUCCAACGAGAUUAAUAAUAAUAUCUUCGCAGUUUGGCGUGUUGCAACUUUAGCAGGGUUACCAUUCAAAUAAUGAGUCACUACGUUGUUUUUCAUCGUAAUUUCGUUUUUGAAACAUAAUUAGUAUUGUGUUUUCAACGAAAUAACAUAAUUAUGGUAUUUUCCGUAAAGUGGCAUUAGUAGUGGCAGUAGCAUGUAUUAACGUUAUUUAACAAAAAAUCGUUAUAGGUAUACGUAAUUUCGUUGAAAUGUUUAAAUGUUUAAACGAUCGUAAAAACAAAAAAAAAUACUGCCACUUGAUGCAACAUGGCGUAGAUUAGGUCAUUUCGUUGAAAUUACUAUGUUAGAUGAUCACAAAAACGAAAAUACGACGAAAAACGAUGUAGUGACUUAUUAUUUGAAUGGUACACCGAGUUGUCUACUAGGGCCGCAGAACUUUCUAGGAAGUUUGGCGUAUACCUGUCUUAUAAUCAUGUCUUCCAUUAGCUAUUAGGGUAUUAAUAUUAUUCAUAAGUAACCUAACUAGCACAAAGAAAAUUAAGUAUGUAAUUGCAAUUUCUACUGCAUUUCUUUCGUUCAUCAUUAACAGCCGAUGGACAUACACUGCUGGAAGUGUUGGAUAUAGGCCUUUUGCAUGGACUUCUAAACACAACGGUCUCAAGCUGCCAGCAUCCAGCGGGUCCUUGCAACCCGCUUGAUGUCUUCGGUCUAGUUGUAGGUCUACCAACACUGCGCUUUCCGGUGCGGGGUCACCAUUCCAUGAGCCGACCCAAACCUGAAUGGACCCCAACGUCCAUUGGUUCUUCGAACUACGUGGCCUGUCAAAUGCCACUUCAGUUUCGCGGCUUGCUGAGCUAUGUCAGUGGCUUUGGUUCGUCUGCGGAUCUCCUCAUUUCUGAUUAGAUCACGCAGAGAAACUCCAAGCAUAGCUCGCUCUAUCGCCCGCUGAGUGACUUUGAGCCUUCUAUUUAAAGCAAUUCUAUGUAAAGUAAAAUUAUAGAAAGAAGGAUUGAUGUCUAGAAUUGCAAAUCCCUGUACUAUAUCGGUCUUUUCUCCGUGCUAGUUUUUUUAGUAGAUAAGUAGUUGGUAUUUUAUUGUAUAACCUUUAAUUAUGUCAAUCAGUAGUAACUCGAUACCUUUCCAGGUUACCUACUAGUCAACUACUACGUAUUAAGAUUAGCUAUAAAUCAUAAACAUAAUAUUUAAAUAAAA